AGUGGCGGCCGUGGAAGUGACGAACGUGUUCUGUGCGGCUCCUUCACGUGCCGCUUUCCGGUAGAAAGUCAGCUCGUGCCCAGAUCCAACAACUUUUGAAAUAAAUAAGGGGUGCAUGCACAUGGCAACUCGGCGACCAGCGAGCUUAGAAGGAAACACCACCUAAUGUCAGCUUGCAGACUGGGUGGAUGCUCAAUCGCUCAGAGCUAAGAGGAAUUACUUCCAAAGGAUUGAGCUGCCUUGCCCUCCAUGGUGUCCGUGUUGUUUUGCUCUCCCAGGGGCUCGGAUGGCUCAGCCGCCUCCAGGCCCACGCUUUGUGCUCAGAGGUUCCAGUGCUGCUGUCCAUGCGCUGCGUUUUUCCUGCGGAGGUGAAGAACCUGCCGUCCCCAUUCUCUUCUCUGGGUCUGAGAAUGGGUUUAUCCAUGUCUGGAACCUGAAAACUCACAGAGUGGACGCGGCCCUGGAUGGUCAUGGAAGAAAAUCUGUCUUCUGGUUGGAAAAAAUGGAUGGUGAAGACAGGCUCCUGAGUCAAGGUCGUGACCAGAGGAUCUGCCUGUGGGAUUUAGCAGAGGGACGGACUGCAGUGACGGAUUCUGUCUUCACGGAGAACGUGGGAUUCUGCAGAAGCUCUCUGUUGAAGGUGGCACAGGGACGCUGGCUGAUGGCCACGGCAGCCAAGGCCCUGGAGGAGGUUCAGGUUUUGGAGCUACCAUCCAAGACGUCAGUCUGUACCUUGAAGCCAGAGAUGGGUGCCAAGCUGGGCAUGCCCAUGUGUCUGAAGUUAUGGCAGGGCAGCUGUGGUUCACAACCGUCGCUUCUGGCCGGCUAUGAAGAUGGAUCGGUGCUCCUUUGGAAUUUGUCAACGGGGAAAGUGUUGAGCCAACUUAUUUGCCACCAGGAGCCGGUGAUGAGCCUUGACUUUGACUCAGAGAAGGCCAAAGGGAUCUCGGGCUCAUCUGAAAAGGUGCUUAGCAUCUGGAGCCUCAAUGAGCAACAGAACCUGCAGGUUCAGAAAACGCACAGACUUGUCAAUGCUGGCAUAUCUGAUAUCACCAUCCGUCCAGACAAGAAGAUUUUAGCAACAGCAGGGUGGGAUCAUCGCAUCAGGAUCUUUGGCUGGAAAAAACUGAAGCCCUUAGCAGUGCUGGACUACCACACCGCAACUGUCCAUUCUGUGUCCUUCUCAGACCACAGCAGCCCCACUGACAGACUGCUGGCAGCUGGUGCAAAGGAUCACCGCAUCAGCAUCUGGUCCAUAUACACUCAGACAUGACACGUUUGCACUGUCAUGCACUGGGAAGUAGGAUCGAUGAAGCCAUUCCUUACACAGUACCUCAAACCUGGACCUUGUGAAGUAGCAGAACUUUUUUCCAGGCAGAGGUGAGUGUCUGGAAAUUGCUAGAUUAAAAUUCUGUGCUGACUGUUCAUGUGGAAAGUUCCGUCUCCCAUGGAGGGGAGUUGACUUCUAAAACUUACAACAGGCGGAGCAAGGCCAGUCAUGAACAGUGACAGAGGACGAGUUGCUGAGUUUUGCUGCAGGUUUUGCAACAGCUUUUUCUUUGGCAUAUUGCUAAAAUACCUUGGGCCAAUUUCUGGAAAAAGAACUGGAAUUUCUCAGCCUUCUGUGGGAGCAGAAUGUCUCUGCUCGUAAGUCACUUGUGUAUCUAACAAUCUGUAUCAGUGUAAAAUACCUCUCUUCUGUGAGAACUUACACCCAUUAAACCAGCUCCAGUGGUUUUU